AUGUUGACCCUGUUGACGGAUGACGCGCACAACUAUCUACAUGCUGUAGCGCCAAACCCGAAGCCUUUUCUCUUAUCACUUACCAGCAUAUUUGCACUCUUGGCACCUCAGGCCCGCUUCGUUCUCCCAGGCUCCGUGGGUCAAGACCGGCCGCUUCCCAAUUUCAUUAGAUGCCUCGAGGGCGAUGGCCUGACUAUGGAGUCGUUCAUAGUCCUGCUGGGCCAGUUAUCAAGACGCUCUGCAGUCAAUGGUUGCCCAUCUGCGUUCAACAGUCUCAAAGGAUUUGAAGAAUAUUGGUGGGAUGUUCGGAGUAAAAGUUCAGCAGUGGGCCCUAUGGCGAUCAAAAUCAUACGGAGCUCAGGUGUUCUGGGCUCCAAAGAGGGGGACGUCAUUGACACGUUUUACUGUAAUCUCCUCGACAACCCAUGGAUCAAAGAGUUCUGUGAACGCUCGAGGAAGGCUAUGAAUACCUUGAGCGAUGUAUCACUUCCGCUGUUUAACAGAAUCUUCAUGUCCGACACUCAGUCACCGACAUAUCUCAAAGCCAUUCAUCUACGUUUGCAGUUCCUUCAGGUUUACGCUUUCGAAAACCCACCACAAUACUUCAGCGCGGAGACUUUAUCCUUGCAAACCCCCUAUUUCGUGAAUACUUGUCUCUUGCAAGGAUUGCAUUGA